UUUUGUUUAUAUUAAUUAACAAUCAAAAACUUUGUGUCCACUGUCCUUAAAAUGACAUUUUUUUUUUACUUUUUGUAAAUAAACUAUAACAUAUCUAGUGUGUAAAUGUUAUUAGUUGAUAUGAAACGUUGUUAAAUUUUGAAAUUAUAAUUGUCCAUUUCAUAAUAUUAUGGCUGAAGAAGUAGAAAAUUUUUUUGGAGUUUACCUGUUAUAUUGUUUAAACCCAAAAUCUAAAGGAAAAACUUAUAUAGGUUAUACAAAAGAUCCCAAUCGUCGUAUAAAACAACAUAACAAAGGUGUAAAAAGCGGUGGAGCCAAAAAAACCAGCACUCGAGGACCAUGGUAUAACAAUUGUCUACCAAUUAUAAUAUAAUAUAGUUAAUUGUAAAAAUAUGGCAUUUACUAUUUUAAUACUAACCAAUGAUUUUUAUAGGGAAAUGGUUCUGAUAGUCCACGGUUUUCCUAAUGAUAUAUCAGCACUUAGGGUAAGAUACAAUUUUAUGAAUAUUAAGAUACAAUGUCAGUUUAGGCACGUCUUCAAGGGGAAGGGGGAGGUGAACCUCCUUCAUAAAAAUUUUUAAUGUAUACAAAUUACUCUAAUUGUCAACAAAAUAAUAACGAUAAAAAUUUUAAUUUACCACUGUCAAUAGAAAAAACUGGCAUAGAUAGCUUUAUGAGUCAUACACGUCUCUAAGGCGAAAAAUACGUCUUUAGUAAUUAUUUAUUUAAAAAGUAGAUUCUCUUCCUCCUCGAAAACUGUCUAGAGACGGCCUUGUUUCAGAUUAUAAAACUAAAAAACAAUUUUUCAGUUUGAAUGGGCUUGGCAAAACCCUAAAACAUCUAGAAGAUUGAAACAUGUUUCGCCAAAAGCUAGAUCUGAAAAAAUGUAUGACUAUUGUAUACGUAUACUUAGUGAAAUGCUGAAUGUUGGUCCUUGGAAUCGCCUAGCCUUAAAUAUUCGGUGGCUGAAUGAGACAUAUCAACUACACUUCGAUGUAAGUAAAUAGUAAACAUUUUUAAAUAAUAUUUAUUAAUAAAUACAGUUAAAAACCGAUUAAAAGUGUUGUUGUUUUAUUUACAGAUUGAUAAAAUUCCACCAAUGCAUAUGUCUAUAGGUACAGGACCAAUUGUGUGUAAGAAAACUGUGUCAUCAAAUGUGUUUGAAAGUGUAUUAUGUGUUUUAUGUGCUCGAAUUUCUUCUCCAGACAGUUUAUUGAUUUGUGUAAAUCCAAAUUGUCAAGCAGUCAUGCAUAUUCUUUGUCUUUCCCAGCGAUUCUUAGGUUCAUCUGAUCAUAUUAUACCUAUUGAUGGUGAAUGUCCAGCGUGUGGCAUCCGCAUGCUUUGGAGUGAUUUAAUUCGCAAAAAAGAUGGAUGUUAUACAAAUUUAAAUUCCAUAAACACAUAACUGAAUUCAUUUAUUAAAUUGUAAUAAUUAAUGUAUAAAACUCUAUGAAAAGUGUUCCUCUUUUACCAAUUUACCAACAACUGAGUACCGUUCUGUGAGACUAUUACUGGAUGAUGACCAAAUGACCAUCUGCAUGAUAUACAAAAUUUGACUACGAGCUGUAACAGUUGGGUUUACAUAACUGUAGCAGUCUCUUGUAAACCAGAACUGAAAAACUUAUAUUUUAAUUAAUUUUUGAUAUUUUUCAUGUUUUAUAUUACUUUUAAAAUAUUUUUUGUAUAUUUUUUUAUUAUUGUUAUAAUUUUGGUUUUUUUUUAUCUAAAAUAAAAAUAGCAUAUUUAUCAUUAAGUUUAUGAAAUCCAUUUUUUUGUGAAAAUUUAAUAAUUUAUGUAUUUGUUUUAUAUUAAGUUAAUUAUUAUUUUUUAAAUUAGAUAAAAUAAUAGUAAAAUGACAAGUCGAUUAGUUUUAUUAGAUAUUUAGAUAUGUUGUCUGCUAACAACCUAACAUAUAAAAAUGUAACAUAAAAUGUUAUAUUGUUAUAUAUGUUACUCAUACUCUAUAUUACUCAUUUUCUAGAGCAAGUAAUUGGGGUUAGAUCCUGUAUCUUCCUGUGGUCCCCUCUGUAAGUAGUGUCAUUAAAAUGUCAACACAAAACCAAAGAGCAUCAGUCCGGCAAC